AAUGCUCAUCUUGAUAGAAGGAUAUAUCAUAUUUGAUCAGGGAUAUAAUGAAUAGUUUCUCUAUACAACAGGAUUUUCAUGUUCAAUUUCUAAUACGAUUACAACAACUGUGACAUUUUCAGGUACUUUUUAAGUUCCUCCCCAAAUAUUAUUAAUUCCAAAGAGCAUUUCUAUGAAAAAUUAGUCCCCUCGUACAUUUGAUUACGAUAUCAUUUCUCUAACUACACAAUGUAUAAAUUUUAUAUAAUUGAAAGAAUUUUAGAUCAAAAUUACAUGUCCAAGUGAUGUGAUGGUGAAAUAUUUGUUUAAUUGGUAUGCAGUUAAUGACAAUAGAAUAGUAAUUUUGGAGAAAAAAAAAUAAACUAGUUGUUUAGAUUAAAGUAUCUAUACACAUUCUCAUAAUUUAUCAAAAGCAAAAUAAGCAUUUGUUAUUCUUCAAAGUUGGGGAAUGUCAGCAUUAAAUCUUGAUUUUUAUAUAGAAGUAUAUGAAAUAACUUCAACAUCUGUUAAAAUAAAACUACAUAAUUCUAAUUCAAAUUUAUUAUAAAUAGGAUAUUAAAUUGUUAUAGGAACUUAAGAAGCAUUUGUUUAAUCAAGUUUAAUUGCAUCACCAGGAGGAUAAAAUGUAUUAUUAACAAAGUCAAUACCAAAAUUAAAUUUAGGAUUUUUAUUUCCUUCUCUUGCAGGAUUCAGUUGGAGUAAUAUCGGAAAUAUAAGGAUGUAAUUUUCUUAAUAAUCUAUUCUUGAAAAUAUUGAAUACACAUGUGAAACAUGUAAAUAAUAUACAUUAUAUUUUAGUUGAUGUAACUUAAAUGAAUACUAUUCGAUUCAAUGAACUUUGGGUAUUUUAAGAAAUAUUGACUCCUAUGUAUGUUUAUUCAUAUCGAAUAACUAAGAAAUAUGAUAAAUAUAUAUCAGAUCCAAUAAAAAUAAUGUUAAUUGAAUUGAAUUAAGAAUAUACUAAUAUUGGAGAUUUCUAAGUUUCAAUACCAAAUGCAUUAAAAACAGUAAUAAUAUAAAUUGAAUUAAAAUUUUAACCAGGAGAAAAAUUAAUUGGAACCUUUUUAAAAUGCUUUGAUUGUGGAAGUUAAAAUGUUUAUAGAAUAGAAUAAAAUUAUCUUUGUGGAAAUAAUUUCAUUAGAUAUAGAUUAUUAUUUAAAUAAUAGUCAAAUUUUGAUUAAACUUUGUAAAUAUCAAUUGGAAUUUCAGAAAUAAAAAUUAAAUAAAUAAUUAAUUAGUCAGUUUAAUAAUAUUAAAUUGCUCAACUUAAAUUUGUAGAAGUAAAUCCUUGA